ACUUCCAAAUAACAAUAUCACGAAGUAGAAACUAACGAGAUGGCCGUACUCGCAGUUUAUUUUGAUUUUGUGCUCACGUAAACUAGCUUCAGUUGUCAAUAUUAAUAUAUACGUAUUUAUCAGUGAGUACAUGAGCAGGGUAAAAUGUCUAGCAGGGCUUUGCGGAGGCUGAAAGGCAAACAGCGAGCUCAGGAGGCGGUUGUCGUCGAGGAGCUAACUUUGGCAGAUAGCAACGAUGAGCUGGCUGAGAGCGAAGAGGAGCAGCUGGACACGAUCAAUAUCAGUCCAGCGUCACGCCGGAAUCGCAGUAAUCGAAAGUCACAGAAAAGCAAGGGUCGUAAAGAUAUCUGCGCCAUUUUUGAAAUGAUAAGUGAUACAGAAAAACUUUCCGCUGAUGAAGACUCAGAGAAAUUCAAUGGAAACAAGACAAGUGACAUGGGAAACAAUGACAGCAAAGUAAAUGGCGGUCAAGAGUCAAAUGAGCCUUUGUCUACUGUUAAGAAAAAGAAGAAGAAAAAGAGGACAAAGGUUAAAUCUGAAAUUCCACAGAAAGGACAAACACCAGAUGACAACAUUGAUUUAUUGCUGGAAAACCUGGACCAGUCCAACGGUUUGACUGUGCAAAAUGAUUGCGGCGGCUGUGACAGAAAACCUGUGUUACAUGUGGAGCACAGGAAUUUGAACCCAGAGACGGAGCUAAAGAAAUAUUUUGGGAGUCGAGCUGUUUUGGGGGAUCAGAGACCACGUCAACGCAAUAGACAGUUUCAUCGGAACACGUGGAUGACGAGCCCCAAGGAAAGUUGGCCCAGAUUCAGCCGCCCAGGAAUCUCAAUGACCUUACUUGAGUCAAAAGAUGGUGUUCAGUACUUCACCUUUGAGCACAGCCGCGACUACCAGCAAGUACAGUUCAAGUUCCUGGAUGCUGUCGAGUCCAUGGAUCCAAACAACAUUGUGGCUCUGCUACAGCUGAAUCCCUACCACAUUGAUUCUUUGCUACAACUUUCUGAUGUCUGUCGAAUACAAGAGGAUCAGGAGAUGGCCCGGGAUCUUAUUGAGAGGGCUCUGUACAGCUUUGAGUGUGCGUUUCAUCCUCUAUUUAGUCUGACCUCAGGGACCUGCAGGCUGGAUUAUCUCAGACCAGAAAACAGGGCAUUUUAUCUCGCUCUUUUCAAACACAUGAUGUUCCUUGAGAAGAGAGGAUGUCCCCGGACAGCUUUGGAGUACUGCAAAUUGAUCCUGAGUUUGGACCCAGACUCUGACCCACUUUGCAUGCUCCUGGUCAUUGAUUUCCUGAUGCUACGUUCCAGAGAGUACGACGCUCUCCUUCAGCUUUAUGAGGACUGGGAGGAGCACAGAAAUCUGUCCCAGCUGCCGAACUUUGCAUUCUCCACCGCCCUCUGCUAUUUCCAUCUCAGUCAGGAUGACGAAAUCAAGCCUGAAGAAAGAGAUCAAGCAAGACACAAAGCUGACCAAAUGCUAGAGGAUGCGCUCAUCAUGUUUCCUGCAGUCUUAAUGCCUUUACUGGAUCUAUGCACUGUGCAGCCAGAUGCUACGGUCACCUCACAUGCGUUCUUUGGCCCAAGCAGUCAGAUUGGACAGCUGCCAGCCUUGGCCCAACUGACCGCUCUGUAUGUGGGGAGGAUGCACGGCCUUUGGAGGGAAGCAGCAGUUAUGCUUUGGUUGGAAGAGAAUGUCAAGGAGGUGCUGCGUCGAAUUGAUGCAAAGGACCCGCUGGUGGAGGACUGCCAGAACAAGAGAAAGCAGAGAUAUCAGAGUGCUCCACGGAACAUCCAUCGCCACGUUCUGCUGUCUGAGGUCAAAGAAGCCAUGUCCAGUCUGCCUCUGGAGGUGACGACUCAGGCCAUGAUGGGAUUUGACCCCCUCCCGCCAAUGGAAUCAGUGAUCUCCUACACCAGACCAGCAAGGCAGCGUGUUGGAGCAACCAAUGAGAGCACACUGUCGCUGUUUUUCCGUUCCUUAUUGCCAAACUUCAACCUUCAGGGUGGACCAAGGCAGGAGGAGGGUGACAUGGAGGUGGCUCGAGCCGGACAAGAGCUAAACCAGGAAGUGAAUCGCCUCAUGGUGGCAAUGAGGGACAUGCUGGCAAACAUCAGGUUUCAAGAGCCGCCACGAGAGGACCAUCCUUUUAGAGAUGAGGAAGAGUGGGACUGAGCGGGAACAAAUUUGAAACUGAGAUAAAUAUGAACAAAAUAUCUGUGAUGACAUUAAAUUACUGGCAAAUGAGAUCCUUCAAAAAGAGGUUCCUCUGUUUUUUUUUUCGGCUUGAACAUCCAUUCAAAUUUGAUUACAGGUAAGUAUCAACCUUACUCCUAAACUUCUUGUUUUGUUAUGAUUUAUUCACGUUUUGGAUAAUCUCUUCAUAACCCUUGACUGAAGGUGUUAUGCCAUGAUCGCGCAUUUUGGGCUGGAUUGCGUUGUCUUCAACCGUAUGUUUUUUAUUUUAUUUUACGGCGCCUGGGUUUGCUCACUUUCUGUCGCAGUGUACUCCCCUUUCUGGACUUCUGACAUCCCCGCCGCCUGUAAACUGGGUACGAGUGUGUAAGCAGCAAAGAGGCAUCAUUGAUUGAAUUCUGAGGCUGGCUGGAAAUGUUCCUGACACUUGCGAAUGUCAUUGAAAUUCAUGAGAAAAAUAGUGCACACUUUAAAUAUGAAAGUACCUUUGGUAGCGGAUGUGUCGUUAGACUGUCGAAAUGUGCACAUCCUACGUUUUGAAGGAACCUUUAUUUUUUGGUAUGAAAUAAAUCCACUAAAAGUAA